CAGCCCGCGUUCUGCUGCUCGUUGCUAAGCAACGCGGGUACGUGAUUACGUUCCCUGGGUGCGUUCACGGUCCGUCCUCCUGUCGGCGUGCUCCGUCCAGCAGCAACGAUGAUCUGCUUCAUUCUCUCGGUGUUUGCUCAGAUUUUAAAGUCAGGAUGGACAGGGGCGAACGAGUGCACAUUCAUCGCUGUGAAACCUGAUGGCGUGCAGCGGAAACUGGUGGGAGAAAUUGUGCGUCGCUUUGAGAGGAGAGGGUUCAAACUGGUGGGCCUUAAACUUGUCAAGGCGUCUGAGAAUCUACUCAGGGAACACUACUGGGACCUCAGGACUAAGCCGUUCUUUAGUGGACUGAUAAUGUACAUGAGCUCCGGCCCAGUCAUUGCAAUGGUCUGGCAGGGGUCAGACGUGGUCAAGACCGUGCGUAAGAUGUUGGGAGAGACCAACCCUGCAGACUCUCUGCCUGGAACCAUCAGAGGAGAUUACUGCGUGGAAGUGGGCAGGAACGUGAUCCACGGCAGCGACUCUGUGGAGAGUGCCCAGAAGGAAAUCGCCCUGUGGUUUGGUCAGAGCGAGCUUCAGCGCUGGGAACAGAGCAGCAGCCGCUGGAUCUGAACCGGUGGUCUGUAUUGGUUGUUGGUUUGAACCUUUUUUGUCAUGUCAUUUUGGAGGGAGGUGAAAAAUGAGCAAGGUGAGCUGUUACUUGGCUUUACAAUGUCACUGCUUUACUUAAACAAUAUUAUAAGAAGAAACACUAGCUAAAGUUUACAGUUUUUAAGAAAUAAGGCUGAUGAUGAGAUCUCAACUGUCAUUAUUGAUGGGAUGUUAGGGAGGCGCUGCUUUUAAAUCCACCCAGAAAGUUAAUUUCUACUGCGUUAAAGGUCCAGGACCCAUGAUCUAUGUGUAAACACAGGAGAGAGGCAGCAAACUUCAAAGUUCUUUUCUGCAGUUUUAAUACUAACCACAAACACAUUCACAUUCAUUCAGCCUGUAAAAGGCGCAAAAAAGAGCAUUUACUGACCACAAUCCUCUCAAAUUCCAGUUGUGAUUUAUUGGUUCCUGUUCCUUUUAAAUUUAAAUUAAUUCUUCUGGGAUUAAAAACACUUAAAUACUUGAAUGUAACUAUCAGACGUCCUAAUAGCUUUUCCUCUAUAUUCCGUUUUUUGUAAUUAUCAUAUUUUCCAAGUGAUGUUUUGUUUCAUGGUUCUUUUAUUUUUUUAAGUAUUUUUUUCUUAAUAGUUUGUCUUAAACUAUAAAGUAACUCUAUUUAAACAAAUCUACUACUAAUAAAUGAAUUGCAGCCUUGUUUUAAGUAAUCAAAUUGCAAACGUCCAACCUGCAAAGUGUCACCUGACAGAGCAAGUGUUUUUCCACGUUGUAAGGGUUUAAUGAAUUCUUGCUUUUCUGACGUGUCAAACAAUAAAUCCAAAUUUGAAAUCA